GAGAUUUUGUGGUGCUCUCAGUCAAAGAAGUGAAAUGGAGCAGCGAGGAGCUCAGAUGGACUCGGCAAAGUUUUGCUGUUCGAUUUGUCUGGAUCUGCUGAAGGAUCCGGUGACUAUUCCCUGUGGACACAGCUACUGCAUGAGCUGUAUUAAAGACUGCUGGGAUGGAAAGGAGCAGAAGAAAAUCUACAGCUGCCCGCAGUGCAGUCAAACCUUCACACCAAGACCUGUCCUGAUGAAAAGUACCGUGUUAGUAGAGUUACUGGAGGAAAUGAAGAAGACGGGACUCCAAGCUGCUCCUCCUGAUCUCUGCUACGCUGGACCUGGAGAUGUGGCCUGUGAUGCCUGCACUGGGAGGAAACUGAAAGCCCUCAAGUCCUGUCUGGUGUGUCUGGCCUCUUACUGUGAGCACCACCUCCAGCCUCACUAUCAAUCCCCUGCCUUUGAAAAACACAAGCUGGUAAAUCCAUUCAAGCAGCUUCAGGAGAACAUUUGUUCUCGUCAUAAUGAGGUGAUGAAGAUUUUCUGCCGUACUGAUCAGCAGUGUAUCUGUUAUCUCUGCUCCAUGGAUGAACAUAAAGGCCACGACACAGUCUCAGCUGCAGCAGAAUGGACCGAGAGGCAGAAAGAGCUCGGGGUGAGUCAGCAAAAAAUCCAGCAGAGAAUCCAGGACACAGAGAAAGACGUGAAGGUGCUUCAGCAGGAGGUGGAAGCCAUCAAUCGCUCUGCUGAUAAAGCAGUGGAGGACAGUGAGGAGAUCUUCACUGAGCUGAUCAGUUUGAUUGAGAAAAGAAGGUCUGAUAUGAAGCAGCAGAUCAGAUCCCAGCAGAAAGAGGAAGUGAGUCGGGCUGAAGAAGUUCAGGAGAAGCUGAAGCAGGAGAUCGCUGAGCUGAGGAGGAAAGACGCUGAGCUGGAGCAGCUCUCACACACAGAGGAUCACAUCCAUUUUCUACAGAAUUACCCCUCGCUCUCAUGUCUCAGUGAAUCUACAGACCCACCCAGCACCAACAUCCGUCCUCUGAGCUACUUUGAGGAUGUGACUGCAGCUGUGUCAGAGCUGAGAGAGAAACUACAGGACCUUCUUAGUGAGGAAUGGUCCAAGAUCUCACUGACAGUGACUGGAGUGGAUGUUUUACUGUCACAACCAGAGCCCAAGACCAGAGAUGAAUUCUUACAAUAUUCAUGUCACAUCACACUGGAUCCAAACACAGCAUUCAAAAAUAUUUCAGUAUCUGAGGGAGACAGAAAAGCAACAUUAAUGAGAGCAGAACAGCCAAGUCUGAGCCACCCAGAUAGAUUUCUUACAGGGUGGCAGGUCCUGAGUAGAGAGAGUCUGACUGGACGUUGUUACUGGGAGGUGAAGUGGAAGGGGGAACAAGCUUAUAUAGCGGUCUCAUAUAAAGAUAUUAGCAGAACAGGGAAUUAUGAUUCAUGUGUAUUUGGACACAAUGACAAAUCUUGGACACUGGAUUGUUUAAAUGGUAGUUGCAAAUUCAAACAUAACAACAUCAAGACUCCCAUAUCAGUCCCUGUGUCCUCCAGAGUGGGAGUGUACCUGGAUCACAGAGCAGGUAUUCUGUCCUUCUACAGCGUCUCUGAAACCAUGACUCUCCUCCACAGAGUCCAGACCACAUUCACUCAGCCUCUCUACGCUGGACUUGGGCUUACAUAUUCCUUUGGUGACACUGCUGAGCUGUGUAAUCUCAACUAG